UGGGUGUUGGAGCUCAGUCCAGAAGAGGCGGGGGUCUGCACAAGAGCUGACGGGGUCUUCGCCACCACGACGCGAGUCCUUUGACUAGAUCCAAGUCGCCGGGAUGUCGCUCUAAGCUCGUUUUGCUUUUCAACCCAAAGAGCACUAACCAGCGAAAGAGCGCAAAACCAACGAGUUGUCACUGGAAACCAAUUUCAGCGGACCCCCAUUUAGUCAAAAUGUGCGCGGGGCGAGUUGGCUCAACGGCGCCGGGGAUUGUCGCUGUGGUGGGCCGCUCGCUGCUGUGCCUCGCCGGCCUCCUGUUCGCUUCUCCUUUGGGAUGUGCCUUCAACCUGGACGUGGACAGCCCGUCUGUUUACAGCGGGGACCAGGGCAGCUACUUCGGAUACUCGGUCGACUUUUAUUUGGCCGACUCCCCCAGCGCCAGCGUGGUGGUGGGGGCUCCCAAGGCUCACACGAAGCAAAUGGACAUUGUUGAAGGAGGCGCCGUCUCCUACUGUCCGUGGCAGCUUGGUCAAUCCAACUGUCACACCAUCGAGUUCGACACAGAAGGGGCUCGUGUCGUCCUGAUCAACAACACGGCACAUCAGAUCGAGUUCAAGUCGCACCAGUGGUUUGGCGCCACUGUGCGUUCCCACAGUGACACCAUUCUAGCCUGCGCACCUCUUUACUCGUGGCGGACUGAAAAGGAUGACCCGCGGUCUGAUGUGACUGGGACUUGCUACCUCUCUGUUCAGAAUUUCACCAAAUUUGUGGAGUACGCUCCCUGCAGAACAGAACUUAGCGAUGAGGCAGGACAAGGCUACUGCCAAGGAGGAUUCAGUGCCGACUUCACCACGGACGGCCGAGUGGUGUUGGGUGGGCCGGGCAGCUACUUCUGGCAGGGUCAGGUGAUCUCCGCUGAUAAAGAGGACAUUAUUAAGGCCUAUUACCCAGGCUACUUUAUGCAGUCUGUGGAUGGUCAGAUCCAGACGAAACAGGUCCAGGCUAAGCAUGAUGACAGCUACCAAGGUUACUCUGUGGCUGUGGGGGAGUUUAGUGGAGAUCAAAUAGAAGAUUUUGUGGCCGGCGUUCCGAAAGGAGUGAUGCUUUAUGGUUUGGUCUCUAUCUUGAAUGGAACAGACUUAAAGACCAUGAUUAACUACACAGGCGAGCAGAUGGGAUCGUAUUUUGGCUACGCAGUGGCCACCACUGACCUCAACGGUGACGGGAUGGUCGACCUGCUGGUGGGCGCCCCAAUGUUCAUGACGCGAGGCUCCGAUGGCCGUUUGGAGGAAAUGGGCCGGGUCUACGUAUACCUGCAGCGUGGCCCCUUGGACCUGGAACUCAGCCUACUUCAUCUGACAGGCACUCAGGUGUUUGGUAGAUUUGGCAGCACCAUUGCAUCACUGGGAGAUCUGAACCAGGACGGAUUCAAUGACGUGGCUGUCAGCUGCCCAUUUGGUGGGGAGGAGCAGCAGGGCUUGGUUUCCAUCUACAACGGGUUCCCUCAAGGCCUCCAAGAAAAGCCGUCCCAAGUGAUUGCAGGCCAGUGGGCUGCCGGUUCCAUCCCUGCCAGUUUUGGCUUCGCACUCAGAGGGGCCAAGGACCUGGAUGGUAACGGUUACCCGGAUCUCAUUGUUGGUGCCUUUGGUGUCGAUAAGGCAGUUCUCUACAGAUCCCGGCCCAUCGUCAACACCAGCGCCUCCCUGACCGUUUCCCCCACCAUGAUCAACCCCGAAGAGAAGAACUGCAUGAUCCCUAACGGGAAUACCAGCCUUUCCGUUUCCUGUGUCAACUUGAGUUUCUGCAUAUUUGCUGAUGGGAAGCACCUACCCGACGUCCUCGAUUUCCAAGUGGAGGUGCAACUUGACAGUCAGAAGUUCAAGCAAAAAGGAGCAGUGAAGAGAGCCCUCUUCCUUGACUCCCAACAGCCUUUGCUGCAGGGGAGCAUAAGGGUGCACCAUGGCGAGCGCGUCUGCAAGCACACCAAGAUCUACCUCAGAGAUGAGAAGGACUUCAGGGAUAAACUGUCCUCUAUCUUGGUGGCAUUGAACUUCAGCCUGGAUAGCAACGCCGCUGCCGACUCGCACGGUCUGCGACCCAUCCUCAACUAUCAAUCCCCCAACAUAAUUGAGCAGAAGGCUCAGAUUUUGCUGGAUUGUGGAGAAGACAACAUCUGUGUCCCUGAUUUGAAACUGGCAGUCCAUGGGGACAGAAAGGAAGUGUACCUGGGUGACGACAACGCCCUGACUCUGACUUUCAACGCCAGGAAUGAGGGCGAGGGGGGCGCAUACGAGGCAGAGCUCUAUGUGGUCUUGCCACCCGAGGCCGACUAUAGUGGCAUCGCCCGCAAUAACGAGCAGAGUUUAACCCAGCUGACCUGCAGCUAUGACACCGAGAACCAGACCCGAUACCUCAGCUGUGAUCUGGGAAACCCCAUGAAGUCUGGCACCAGUCUUUGGGCAGGUCUUCGCUUCACGGUGCCUCGGCUGAAAGAUACGCACAAAACCAUCCAGUUUGAGCUGCAGAUUCGCAGCAAGAAUGAGAACAACUCCCACAGCGAGUUGGUACCUUACAAGUUGGAGGUGGUUGUCCAGGCUGAGGUCAUCCUGCAAGGGGUGUCUCGCCCAGAUAAGGUUUUCUUUCCACCGCCCAACUGGAAGGUGACCAAGAAUUACGAAGCGGAGCAGGAAGUUGGACCGACAGUGGAACACAUCUACGAGUUGGUUAACAAUGGACCCAGCCGGAUCAGCCACACCCUGCUGGAGCUGCGCUGCCCCCUUGCCGCCCAGGGCCACGGUCUGCUUUACCCGCUGGAGUUCUCCGUCGAGGGCCCCGUCAACUGCACGUCCGGCAGCACCAUGAACCACCUCCAACUUAGACUCCAACACACGUCAACGGAGCCGCCACAUCUGGCCGUGAAGCCCCGCGAGCACCGCGUGGAACGGCGGGACGCCCACAGGAGCCCCCUUGCGCACUUGGCGAACCUGUCUUGUUCCAAUGUGGACUGCUGGGGCCUGCAGUGCCAAGUGGGCCUCCUGGAGAAGGGGACCACGGCCAUCCUCAAAGUGCGCUCCCGCGUCUGGGCGGAGACCUUCAUGGAGCGAGCAUACAAGCAAUAUGUGCUGGAGUGCCUGGCCAAAUACAGUGUGAAGACCAUGCCGUACGCCAUCCUGCCCAAACACACACCCAGUGGAUACAAAAAGGUGGUGACCCCAGUGGUGUGGAACAAGCCCGACAUUGAAAACUCGGUCCCGCUGUGGAUCAUCAUCUUGGCUAUUCUGGCUGGUUUGCUGCUUCUGGCCUUGCUCAUCUUUGUGCUGUACAAGUUCGGCUUCUUCAAGAGGUCCCUCCCGUACGGCACUGCCAUGGAGAAAGCCCAACUCAAACCACAGGCUGCCUCGGAGGCCUGAGCGGCCCACGCGAGGCACCCGCGAGCAGAACCACAGAACCGGGCCACACGAUUGC